AUGACCACUGCCUUUUCAACAAAUACGGAAAUACGUAAACCCGAGGAGGAACGUGGGGUGGAUGAAGAGGAUGGUGAGGCUUCUGACGACAGUGAAUCAGACGCUGAUUCGUCGACCAGCUCAGCCAGUGAAGGUAGUGAGGAGAUUGAACCCUUUCCUCUACCUCCACCGGACCUUCUAGCAAUUCGGACCUCCUGUAGCCUUGGUCGAGAACUGCACGAAGUCGUGGAGGAGGAGAGUGGUUCGAUUUGCGAGAUUACGACCGCCGUUUUUGUGGCUCCUCUGAAACCUGUGGCGCCCCUGAGAGUGUCUCGCGCAGUCACUGUGCCGCAUGCCAUUGCAGCCAAUGUGGGCACAGCUACAACCGCAGAUGGGUCACUGCUGGAGAAAAGUGAGAAUAUAGCAGAUACAGAUGCUGCUGGAGCUUCUAGCAGCCACUUUGCAGCUGACAGCAAGAAGGAAGACACAGUGUCAGUAGAACAAGAGAUGCCCACAUCGAAGGGGGAGUUGAGGGCCGAAGCCAGCGUAGAAUCCAUCAGUUCCCUCCCUCUACCCCCAGAAAUGCCGCCGCCAGGUGGGGACCAGGGCGAGGCGGCGGCGGCGGCGGCAGAAUUCGAGGAGCGAGUGAAGACUGCACAACCCUCUCGCAAACGCGGUCGUCGUAAGCGUUCGCGGCACGUGCAUCCGGGUUCAGACUCAAAGCCACCUACGGAGGGCGGCGAUCCACCACCCGGGUAAUUGCCAUUUGUAAGUCUACAACGUGAAUCUCUGUACAUACCCCUGAUUUAGCUAAGCACGCAGUAGAUGUGCUAUCUCUGCUUUCGUUUAUUCUACAAGCUAUAACGCAAGGUGUCACUCUUCAUGCAAAACAACUCGGAACCACAUAGUUUAUGCCAUCAGUAAAUUGGCCUAACUUAUCUACAUGUUGAAGCAUGACACCAGUUUCUUUUUCAGUUGCCAAGAAUAGUCCUGCCCAAAUAUUGUGGGAGAACAUCUGUAAGAGUUACCUGAAGUUUGUUACAUUAAUUAUGUGACCGUUGAAUGAACCCAUUUAUUGCCGGUUGUCCAUUAGCAAGGCCAGUCGCUGCAAAUUUCUAGGCGAGAGCGCUGUGUGCCGCCUGUUACCCUUUCUUGCUUUGCUAUUUAAACCAGAAAUGCUGGCCUAACAUGCCGGUAUCGGGCAUGCUACUUUUUGAGGGUUAACUCUAAAAGGAUCCUAUUAGAAGUUUCAAGGGUUGGACAUGGGAUAUAAACCCCCGUAAUGUAGGUGGCCUCGUGUUAAUUUCUAUUCUCCCGUCCUACCCUAACCAUAACUCUUACUCUAAUCCUAGCCCUACUGGUCCCACUCGAACACUAACCUUCAUGACCCUUGGCCUCCUAACUCCAAUCUUCCCUGGAGUUAAGGGCAAGGUCACCUGUAAUGCUGGGAUCCGUGUUUCCGUGCACAACGGUUUCACGUAUAUGGACGUUUUUCUGCUAAUCUGGGGAGUUGUUCCACUACAUUAUCAAAUUUGCAAUAACUUUUUGAUUAUCAGUUAUAACCUAAAGUCCUACUUUCCUGUAGUUUUUCGGAGGUAGAUAAGCAGUUGAUGGUAUCCCUCUGGCUACAUUACUGUCGGAAUUUUGGGUUUUAGUAGUAGCAUCCAUAACUACUUAUUUAUCAUUGUCUUUAAGUGAGUCAGAUUGCUUACACUCAUCGAUUACUUGAAAAGUUGACAUAUCCUUCUCGGACAAAACGUAGUAGGGCGAAUGUGAAAUUCGCAUCGAUAGAAAACCAUGUAUCUGCACGAGUUAAAACCACAGACCUCACGGACUAAAUCUCGCUUGGCGAUAAAUUCUUCUUGGCUGUUUGAGGCUUAAAUAUUUCCCAGUACGCUUUAGUUAAAUAAUAGCUCAGUUUAUGGGAAAUUCACGGGCUCUAUCAAGUGUCUGGUGCGUAGGAGAUUUUUGUUCAAAUAUACAGUCAUUUUAUUUGACUCGGCAGGUUACGAAACUGGCGAAACAUUGAGGUUGUAUAAUAUGGUUUCUCUUUAAAAUCUAUUUAAGUGAAUUUGCUACACUGACUGACAUGUAAUGAAAUCUUGGGGCGCGUCGAUCAUGACAGUUUGUUGCACAUUCCCCUGGCCGUCUGCGCAAGUUACACUCCUUAAGAAAGACCACUUAAUCAACCAACAUUAGCCAAACUGACGUGAAUUGCGUUACUUUCCUGAAAGAUGCGGAGAAUAUUCCCUACGUUAACUCUCACUGUCGCAUUUCCCUUUACGGUUACCCAAUCAUCCAUUACGCACUAUUCACUUAGGCGAUUUCCUGCAUCCAUUUACGUGACUAGGAAAAGACAACUUAGAUUUAGCAAAAUUUUAUGAUAGUUGUGAAUCACUUUGUGUGCCCCAAAGGCAGCGUCAACAAGCAUGCGGACGCUGUGUUGCUUAAGCACCAUUUCUAGCGUCUCAAAAUUAUUGAUCAUUUUUAAGACCGCAAAAUAUCCUUUUUUUCACGUACACACUUUGUGUAUAACUUAAAGCCACACAAAAGACUUCAAAAACCGCUUCUUCCAUCUAUUCAGUCAAAUACUCCGGAAUUCGCGCAACGGAAAUCACUGGAACAAGCGCACUGCUUAAGCAGUCAUUUUUGGCGAAUACGUUCUUUUCUGUUUAACCGAAAGAUGAUCAAAACUUAGUAUCGCAUGCAUGAGAUGACUUGAAAUUAGGUUUCACCCUUCUCGAUGUUGCACCCCCACCCCCAUCUAAGUCACUCUUUUCAACCGAAACCUUAUUAUGAUUUUAGUUCUACGGCCUACUGCUCUGUCUUUGUCAUGACAGUCCUGGUGAAUCUACAUACAUAGGCGUCUUCGUCGGGUUUUCAUUUGGUUUAAUGUUUAUUCGCAUAGUAGAAGUCACAUAAUUUUCCGCGCCUCUGCGUCUUUCCCGAUUUAGGCUCAUGGACAAAGAAACUCCGCGGAUGCCUCCUCGUUUAA